GACUUUUGAACAGCCAAAUUUGGCUGGAGGCAUCCUCCAAAAGAUGACAUCAUCCCCCUGCUAUUGGGUGGCCCCACCACAUGCCUGUGACUGGGAACACCAACACAACCUUUGUGUGUGCUGGGCAGUGGGGCUGUCCUACCCACUACAGUGCCUCUGACAUGACAGGGACGGAAGCCCUCUAUCCAACACUGAAGCACGCAGGAGACCUGCUGGAACCUGACAUCCUAACUAUGCAUAGGAGCUGUUUGAUGGAAGGUCUGCCACCAACGAAUCAUCAGUGAAGUGACCUCUCCAUUGCAGAAUGUUGCCAAGGUCAUUCCUACACACACAGGCAUGGCUGCUGGUCUACAUGGCUGUAUGGCUGACGGAAUGUGCUGCCGACUGCCCCAAAAAAUGCAGGUGUUCAGAUAGCCAAGUCAGCUGCAUUGCACAACAGCUAGAAGAGGUGCCCUCUGCAAUCCCAGUCACCACAUCCAAUCUGAACCUCCACCACAACAGGAUCAGAAUCAUUUCCAGCUCCUCUCUGGCAAAUCUCCCCUACCUUCUUACCCUGGACCUGAGCUCCAACCAGAUCCCAGGACUGAUCGAGACCGCCUUCCAGUCCAACCGCCUGCUGGAACGUCUGAUUCUCAGCAGUAACCAGCUCCCGGCUGUCCCCAAGGCAAUCAGGCACCUGUACAACCUGAAGUACAUAUACCUGGAGGCUAACCGCAUCAAGUCUGUGUCCGCGAGCGACUUCCGUGGACUUUUCAACCUCCAGGAUCUGGUCUUACUGAGUAAUCCCCAACUGUCUUACAUCCACAAGGACGCCUUCAAGGACCUGACAAGUCUGCGGACACUGAUGAUCGGAUACUGCAGCCUGCAGACUAUAGACUCUAACCUGUUUAAGAACAAGGACUUACAGGCGGUUGGGCUGUACAGUAACCCGUGGAAGUGUGACUGCAGGUUGAAGUGGCUGUGGUACUGGAUGUCGAUAACAAACACGACUUUCGUCUACCAGUACGACAUCAAAUGCAUGACACCCGCCCUGUACGAGGGGUUCCCGGUGCACAGUCUCAGGGCAGGUGCAUUCAAGUGCGAGGGAAUGGGAGGAUAUGGAAAUGAUGUAUUUACAAUAUCCACAGACACUACGCAGUGGGGUGUUCAGGACAGAACAAGAGUGCUUGCAGGGGGAGGGGGCUUGACUGAUAUCCAUUCUACUGAGUUCCAAGAAUUUGCAGUGACGGUGUGUGCAUCUGUGGCUGCCUCUGCAGUGUUUCUGGUGUUACUGGGGUGUGCCUCUGUGUGGCUGAGGAAGGCCUGGAGGGAGAGAAAGGUACUGACAAAACAGAAGAGGAAUGACGCCAUCUUGUUCCGGUAUAUCAAGACACAGGUUCGUAGAAGUUACCUCCCGCCAUACUGGGUACACGAGCCGCCACCACAGUACACAGAGACCGCCGAACAGACAGAUCCACCAACAGUUCAAGUCCAGCUACAUCAGAGAAGCAACAGUCAGUCAAGUGACCAAGAGGCUCCACAAAUUAUACACUUACAGAUAAGCAGCAUCGGGGAGUCCAUAACUGCUGAUCAACAACAGCACAGUGACAUGGCAAUCAGGCGAGUGCAAAGUAACACUCCAAGAAGUAAUGGAAGCAUACACAUAUCAUCAAGCCCACAAGACAGCACAAGACAAAAAGAUUUCACCAGAAGUUUAGAGAGUGUGGAUACUGAGAGUGAGUCUUCGGAUGUGUUUGUAGACUGCAGUGAAAAUUUUCUGGAUGAGACGGUUAUGCACACAGAACUUACAAGAGAGGAAAGCCUGAGGCAAGCUAGAAGAAUCCUUCAGGGUAGGCCAUCAGGGGACAGGGACAGUUUUGCAGAGAUGGACACAGGGGCAGGCAGACUUAACAGAGAAGAAAGUUUACGUCAUGCCCUGAGGGAUCUGCAAAGACAAUCACAAGUGCUGGACACACCCGUCAGCCAGAGUUCUGAAGAACCUCAAGCACAGCCCAAACAACUUACUCGGGAGGAGAGCCUGAGGAGAGCCUUACGCAGUUUGCAACAGAGACAAAGGCACAGUUUUCACGCAUCGAGUUCCAGUGAUAAUGGCAGCAGUACGCCCGACCUCCAUGUAACCACCAGGCAAGGGGCACACAUGAGGCGAUCUCUGAGACACUACCGAGGAUGGUCAUACAAUGGUGUAAGCCUUGACAGGAACAGUGGUGAGAGACCCGAGGAGAGAGGAACAGCACCACUAGAUAGUCUCACACCACAGGAGAGUCAGAGCUCACAUUGUGGCACAGCAGAAGGACCUGGUGAUGAAUGUAGUGGUCUGAGUGAUGUGUCCACUAAGCAAUCUCGUGCUGCUAGGGAAGAAAGACUUCGGGAAGCUUUGAGGAAUCUCCAGAGAAGCUCUAGAUGUGAGGAGAGCUGCACGAGCCAACACAACCACAGCACACAGACUGAUAACUCUCGCCAUUCUGAGGCACCAAAACAAAAUGGCAGCCAGCUACAGCCAGACAGUCAGACCACAGAAAAGGAAAUGGUAACUGCACUGUAAGCACUGUACACGGACAAAUACGUUCAACAAAAGGCUUGCCAUAUUAUAAUCAAGAAAGGUAAAUCUAACCUUUCCACUGCUCUAACCUGGAAACCAACAAUAAGGAUUCAGUUAUCUCUUAUGAUCAAUAAUACCAUUACCAACAACAACAAAAUAAUGGUAUUCCUUUAGCAAAUGUCUAAAGUAAUAUAAUGUACCACUGUAAGAAACCUAGAUACCUAACAUCUUAUAAUGUAGCCAUUUUUCUACACAGUAAUAAGUAAUGAAUACUAAAGAUAUACAUGAUUCCGUAGAAACUGUGAAGAUACGAUACCAAGUCUGUUCUGUACCGAGUGUGAUGUGAUGGUCUUGUUCAAAGGUAAAUGUUCAGUUAGAGGGUUACAACUUACAUCUCAAAUGUUGUCAAAAAUCAUCAAAGCAAAGAUAGGUAGUUCAAACUUCUUAUUCUGGUUAGUGCUGUGCCUUUCUUGUACCAUCUAUUCUACAGCAAACACAAGAUAUAGACGACCAGAAGCAACAACUUAUUUGAUAAAAAAACACAGAUUUCAGAAAAGAAACCACAUGCAGUGUUAUUAGAGCAUACCUGUAACUAAAUUGUAUUGAAACUUUUUACUUUAUGCAUUUCGGUUUAGUCAAUCUAUACUGAACUGUAUUUAUAUCAGAUUUGAGGGCAUAUCCUGACAAUUAUGUGUGCAUAUCAAGCCAUAUUCUAUUCUACUUAAAACAAAUGUAUAAUAUCAUCGUAAAUAUGAUUAUCAUUGUGUGCAGUAAUAUUGGGAGUAGGUCAAUCCUGACCAGAAAAACAUGUAGCUAGGUCACACAGUUACCACAAAUACAGCUUCAGGAAAAUAAAAUAAGAUAAAAGGAAAGA